AUGAAGCUGCUCUACCCAACAUCCCUCAAGCUCGACAUCCAAAGCCUCGAAGGCUUCUCCGUCGACCUCCACUCAUACGACGUCAAGAAGCCCAUCCCAGAAGAGCACGUCGACGCCGAGAUCCUCGUUACAUGGACAAACACAGCCGAUAACCUCAAGGACGCCGCAAAGCGCCUCACAAAGCUCCAAUGGAUCCAGUCUCUCGCUGCGGGUCCCAACGACGUUCUCGGCGCUGGUUUCGACGCCUCAAAGAUUAAAAUUACGACUGGUUCUGGUCUUCACGAUCACACUGUCGCAGAGCAUGCGUUGGGUCUCUUGCUCAACGCCGCUCGUCGUUUCUACGAGAUGCGCGAUUACCAGCUCCAGGGCAAAUGGCCAGGUCACCUCGGUGGUCCUCAGCCAGACCGACCCAAGGAUGCUUUCACAACGCUCCGUGAUGCGCGCGUGCUCAUCUGGGGUUUCGGCAACAUCGCAAAGAGCCUCACCCCGCAGCUCGUCGGUCUCGGCUCCCAAGUCCGAGGUAUCGCUCGUCAAAAGGGUGUCCGCAACGGUAUUGAGAUUUACACCGAGGAUGAUCUCGACAAGCUUCUCCCCGAGACUGAUGCGCUGGUUAUGAUCCUCCCCGGCUCCGAUUCCACGCGCCACGUUCUCAACGCUGAGCGCCUCAAGCAAUUGCCCAAGCACGCGUGGGUCGUCAACGUGGGGCGGGGUACAUCAGUGGAUGAGGAUGCGCUUGUUGAUGCGCUGGAGAAGGGAGAGAUUGGAGGAGCUGCAUUGGAUGUUUUCGAGACAGAGCCUCUUCCUGAGCCAAGCAAGAUCUGGAAGGCGCCCAAUACGAUUGUUUCACCGCAUGCUGCUGGUGGACGACCACAGGGUGCUGAGGGGCUGAUUGCUGAUAACCUUAGACGGUUCAGGGCGAAGCAAGAUUUGAAGAACAUCAUUUAA